AUGCUGAACGCUGAUCGCCACGAAACCCAACAAGUUGAAGAGCUGCUGCUCAACAACGCCCCACCUCCAGAUUCCUUACUUCCGACUGUAAAUAAUAUGCUGGAAGCUUCAAGAUCACAAUUGUUGAUCAUCCAAGGAGAGAUGAAUGCGGCGGCGACGCUCCUGGCCGCAGACAAACAAAGGUUCGAUGCAACCCAGCAGUCGAUCAACAAGUACGAGACCAUCCUAUCCUCCAUACGCCGUGUUCCAGCCGACAUCCUGGGCGAAAUAUUCGGUCACUGUCUCCCUACUCAUCGCAACCCCCUCUUCCUCUCGUCGGAGGCACCAAUCUUGCCUAGCCACGUUUGCAGGUCCUGGAGGGCUGCGGCACUUUCAACACCUUCUCUUUGGGCGCGCUUACAUGUAUCGUUGCCUGGGGCUGUGCGAUUGCGAUUGCCCAGCGGACCAGCCGGCACACCUUCAAUUGAUACCAUCCGCAGGAACAACGUCCUUGCCCUGUACCCUAAGAUCAUGAAACGGCGGAGUGACGCUGUGAGAGAAUGGCUAGCAAGGUCAGGGGCCUCCCCACUGUCUGUCUCGGUAUUCGCGCCGACCAUUUAUCCUGAAUACCUCACGGAGAUCAUCCAUGGCGCAGGGGAAAUGGUCCUUGAUGCGCUUGCGCCUUCUUGUGAACGCUGGAGGGAAAUCGAGCUCACCAUGCCUCUCGACCUGUACCAGAAAUUCGAGACCAAGUUUGUCCUCAAGAAUCCCAAGAAUCUCGUGCAAGUCCGGCUCAGGCUUGAAAUGCAUAUGGACUCCCCUUUUUUGGUGGAUAAUGCUCCACCUCCACCUUCCGUUGCGUUAUUGUCGGCGCCAAAUCUUCAAGGUGUCUUCCUCUCUUUACCCAGCCAACUACCAUUCAACUUUUCCUCCUUGGACGAGCAUAAUAAGAUGGCACCGAUUUGGGCCCAACUUACUCGCCUAUUCUUGCACACAAUGAUUCCAGACAUGGACGUACACCUGUUCCUCCGAGCCUGUCCCAGAUUAGUUGAGUGCGGUCUCUGGGCUUGUUCAAGGGGAGGCUUUGGCUCAUCACUCAACACUGACAGCGAAGUCCAAGUAGGAGCCAUUUAUCUUCCCCACCUUCUGACGUUCAAGAUCACGAAUGACGGUUCCCCUGCCAUAAUGAGAAAGACCUUUGCUUCACUUUCUGUCCCAGAAUUGAGGAGGAUCGAAUACGGAGGGAUGUAUCUACAUCAUGACUCUUCCGGACACCAGCCACCUCUACUCGUCUUGCUGGAAGUGGCUCAGUCCAUCAGAACUUUCCAUUUUGACCCACAAGGCAUCCCAAAAGACACCAUCGUAGACUGCUUGCGCACUGUACCCAGCUUGAAGCAUCUCGUCGUUGGUGGAAGACUAUCACCCUAUAAACCUGAGGGUGAGCAGCGCAACGUCUGGAUAUCCCCGUACCCAGCGACUUCUUUCCCACUUGCGGUCCUCGCCAUCGAAGAUGCUCAGGCGAACGGUAUCAGUGACGUCCUGUUACCCUUUCUAGAGAGCUUCGAGAUCUAUGAACCCUUCGACAAUGUCUCCGACAGUGCACUCCGGAAAUUUAUUUGCAGUCGAGUGGGACCCGCAGCAGAAAGAAGGGGUUUCUCCCCCCUGAAGAGGGUCAAAGGGCAUUUCGAACGUCCAAUGGAGGAGGACAUCAGCGAAGACGUAAAACGAUGCGCCGCGGAAGCGGGUGUCGAGCUCGACCUGGAUUUAAAGUACUCGAACGAAAUUUUGGAAACCAAGAAUCCUUUUUCGGUCCAGUACGGACUCACGCAGGUAACAAGGCGGACAUGGAUUUACUCCAUUCUCGAGUCUUGA